GAUGUUUUAGUCCUGAUUUUGUUGAACCAUGAAAUCUUUAAAGCGGAGAACAAGUGAAAUUCUAGCUCUGCCGAGAGAUUUAUCUCGUAGAUUUUCUUCUUCAUGGCUGAGUUCCGAUGUACAGCUAGUUGAUGUUAGUAAAUCUUCUCAUCUUAUUUCAACUCAGUAUGAGAGCUUGGACUACGAUGUUGCCGAGAAUGAGCUUUACACGAAAGAAGCUAAUCAACAAGACAGUGACCUUUAUUUUCGGAUGAGGGUUUCUUUGGCGAGAUGGUUUGUCAUGUUCCUGAUAGGAGUUUUUACUGCAUUAAUUGCGUUUGGCAUUGACGCAGGUGUUGCAAAUUUGAGCAGUUUGAAGUUCUCAGUCGUGAGCUACUUCAUGGACCAAGCAGUAGACAGAGGAGGUCUAUGGGUACCCCUUCUAAUCUGGGUCAGCUUUGGAGCUGGGAUGACACUAGUAGCCGCAGUGCUUGUAUCCUUUCUGGAACCAGUGGCGGCGGGAAGCGGCAUUCCUCAAAUCAAAUGUUUUCUUAACGGGGUCAAAAUACCGCGAGUUGUGAGGAUUCAGACUCUCUUUUGCAAAGCGAUUGGAGUCAUGUUCAGUGUUGCCGGUGGAUUGGCAGUAGGUAAAGAGGGACCGAUGAUUCAUUCUGGAGCAGUAGUUGCAGCUGGACUUUCCCAAGGAGCUAGCAAGUCGUUCAACUGGGAUUUUGGUCUGUUUGAGUACUUUAGACACGAUAACGAGAAGCGUGAUUUCGUGUCCGGAGGAGCUGCAGCAGGCGUUGCAGCUGCAUUUGGCUCGCCAGUCGGUGGCGUACUCUUCAGUUUGGAAGAAGGAGCCAGUUUCUGGAAUCAGGCGCUAACAUGGAGGGUACUGUUUUCCGCCAUGGUGUCAGGGUUCACUUUGAAUUUUGCUCUCAGUUGGUACCACGGACACUUCGGAGAGCUCUCUUACACUGGUUUGGUGAAUUUCGGAGUCUUCAGUGGACAACCCUACAACUGGUACGAGUUACCAAUAUUUUGUUUGAUGGGUGCUAUCGGGGGUUUGCUUGGUGCUUUGUUCAACGCAAUCAAUUACAGGAUCACUUUGUUUCGAUUCAAGUUUGUGCGUCGACCAAUCAUAAAAGUGUUAGAAGCGAUGGUAGUCGGAGCCGUCUCUUGCGCUCUCUGCUUUCUGCUGAUAUACUCGAGUGAUCUUUGCUCUGCUGAUGACUUGAUUUUAUCCGCAGAAGAUGACAGCUCAGUUUUGCAGCUGUUUUGUAACGAUGGUCAGUUUAAUGUCAUGUCUACUCUUACGUUCGUUACUCCUGAGACGGCUGUCAAGUGUCUCUUCCAUGCUCCUCUUGGAUCCUUCAACAUGCCUCUGUUGCUUCUGUUUUCUUUCGUAUAUUAUGUCCUGGCAUGUUGGACGUAUGGUCUGGCAGUACCUAGUGGUCUUUUCAUUCCAUCGCUCCUAAUAGGUGCUGCUUGGGGAAGAUGUGUGGGUAUUUUCCUCGGACAUGCAGUCGGAGAAGCUGAAGUAUGGGUGGACUGUGGUAAAUAUGCUCUGAUCGGAGCGGCAGCUAAUCUAGGUGGUGUAGUCAGGAUGACUAUCAGUCUGACUGUCAUCUUGAUGGAAGCAACUGGUAAUGUCACUUUCGGACUGCCGCUUAUGUUGGUCCUAAUGACAGCCAAAUUUGUGGGAGACAUAUUCAACGAAGGAAUCUACGACAUGCAUAUACACCUCAUGAGUGUUCCGAUCCUAGGUUGGGAGGCGCCUUCUUUGUCUCAUCAGGUGAAAGCUGUUCAGGUGAUGAACUCACCUGUGAAAACUUUGAAGACAGUCGAGAAAGUCGAUAGCGUUUUCACUCUUUUAAGUGAUCCGAAGUCUCUUCAUAAUGGAUACCCAGUAGUUGACGAGGCCACAGGUCAACUAAGAGGUCUAAUCCUGCGAGAUCACCUUCUUAUACUUCUGCAACGAAACAUCUUCAGGGAAUUUGCGACUGAUGGAACCCAUUCACAGCUGAAGCUUAGACAUCUUAGAGAUGCUUAUCCUCGAUUUCCAACUAUAAAUGAUAUCCCACCAUCGGUGCUCAAUCAAGGGUUCACGAUAGAUUUGGAACCGUAUAUGAACACUGCGCCCUAUAUAGUGAGUGAUAAGUCUACCCUGAGUAAGAUAUUCACUCUGUUCAGAGCUCUAGGGUUGCGUCAUCUCUGUGUGAUCAACAGUUGCAACCAGGUCAUCGGCAUGGUUACAAGGAAGGAUUUGGCCAGAUUCAAGUCAAAAACGAGCAACUCGGUCACCAAAAUCUACGAACUGUCAUACGUUCGAAACUGAACAUAAAUUCUAUUCCUAUUCUCAUAACUGAUUUCAAAGUUUUAUUGAUUUUAGAAAAUCUAUUAUGUAUAUUUGAGCUAUUUCAUUUAUGUAGCAGAGUAGUAAUUAGAAUUCGAAUCAUUCUUUUCCACUGAAGAUGUCUCAUUUAAAUGAGCU